AGGCUGCAAACAGAGUGCGCGCUGAGACGAAGACGAUGAUGAAGACGAAGACGAAGACGAAAAACAGUGCAGAGCAAUUCAUAUGAAUUCGCUCGCCCGCAAACAGAGUGCGCGCAAAGCCGAAGACGAAGAUGAAGACGAAACGCAAGCAAUUCGCUUCAAACGCAGCUCAUCAUCUGACGAGAAAUCAAUUGCGAUUAACAUCAUAAAAUCGCAACAAAUUCGUCUUGCACUAUGCGACCUAUUAGCUUACUCGCAACGCAAGCAAUUCGUCUUCGUCUUCGUCUUCGUCUUCAUCUUCGUCUUUGUCUCAGCGCGCACUCUGUUUGCAGCCUUAGUCGAAGAAGCAAGAAGCGUACGAUUCGUGGAAGUCGGCCGUUGCGACCGUUUUUGA